CGCUCCAGUGUUUACUUCCUGUGUAAAAGGUUACGAAUUUGUCCCUAAGCGCAGAUCUGGUUUUUGUGAGACUGGCUUAUUUGAAUAGAAACAGAAACAUCUGGAUCAAAUAUGUCUUCUGAUGAGUUAAUCGGACCCGCUUUACCGCCGAUGUUUCAGGAGGGACCUGAAAGCGACGACAGUGAAAAUGAUUUCGCUGGUCCUGCGCUCCCUCCCGGUUUCAAGCGGGGUGAAGCGUCGAGCUCCUCGGAUGAAAGUCAGCCGGAGGUGGCGUUCAAAAGAGCCAGGACUGGAGGAGCUGUAGAGGUGACCAAUGAUGAUGAUGAUGAAGAUGAUGGUUUCUUUGGGCCAGCUUUGCCACCAGGAUUUAAAAAGCAACGGAGUUCACCAGAAAGACCCCCAGUGCUGGGACCAGCUUUGCCCCCCGGGUUCCACAGAGCAGCGCAUGACAGCGAUGAUGGUGAAGAUGGAGAGGGUCUCCCAGGGCCUGCAUUGCCCCCAGGAUACCAGGCUGAGCUUUCCAGCAGUGAUGGAGAGGACGAGGAUGUGAUAGGACCCAUGCCUGCCAAAGGACCCGUUCAAGACUCCGUGGCUCUUGAAUUUGAACGACGAGCACAAAAGAUGAAAGAGAAGCUCACUGGAGAGGAGGUUCCUGAGGUGUUGACUAGAGAAACAUGGAUGACGGAGCUCCCACCAGAAUUGCAGCACAUUGGUUUAGGGGCUCGAACCUUCAAGAAAAGGUCAGGUCCAGAGAACAAAGAUCGAUCGAUUUGGACAGACACACCAGCAGACAGGGAGCGCAAGGCCAGGGAACGCCUUGAAGGAAAGAAAACAGGGGAGACAAAGAAAGAUGAAGUCCCACAUGUUCCUCAAAAGGAGAUGGAAAUGGCAGAAAAAGUAUCUAAAUAUAAUGAGUCCAAGCGUGGUGAGUCUCUCAUGAGUUUACAUUCAAAGAAGCUGAAGGAAAAAGCAAAGGAGACAGCUGACAAACCUGUAGAGAGGAGGCCGUUUGAUCGGGACGCAGACCUGCAGGUGAAUCGCUUUGAUGAAGCCCAGAAGAAGCGACUGCUGAAGAAGUCUCAGGAACUGAACACACGCUUCUCCCACAGCAAGGACCAAAUGUUCUUGUAACAUUUUGUCAGAAUUGUAAAAAGGUACACGCAGCUUUUCAGGUGUUGUAGCGGGUUGUCUGACCAUACUUUUAUAAAGGGUUUAUACAAUAUGGACUGUGGACAAUGUGAUUCAUGUUUUUUAAGUUGGUGAAUGUUGCUUAUUUUUAAGGGGUCUUUUAAUAAGGAUUGGUGUUAUGGAAAGAUAUUCAUUCUAAUAAAACAUUAUUUUUAGAUAGGCCUAGCCAGCUUGCCUAUAUCUGUGAAUCUGUGAAAUAUCACAGAUACCCAUAAAUGGAAUUGCUCUUAAAUUUAGUUUAUGUAUAUCCAUCCUGUCACACUAUUGGCCACUUUAUUUUGGUUUGUUGUUUUGAUUCUGGAAUUUCUGUCCAAGAAUCCAUUAACAAAUGUUAAUGCCCCAGGGUGACAAAUAAUGCAGUUAAAUUAAGGCUGGAUUUUUGAUCUCAGUAUAAGCUAAUCUGGUUUUCAUGUGAGACAUUUUUAACAGUGCUUAAGAAACCCUGCCAAAUUAGCCCCAUUACAUUUAUGAAUGAACCCAGAACGACUCCUGGGUUCGAAUCCAGGCCUGGAGUCAUUCUGCAUGGUGUUUGCAUGUUCUCCCUGUGCAUGUGUGGGUUCUGUCAUGGUAUUCUAGCUUCAUUAUACAGUUCACAAAGAUGUCUAGUGGGUAAAUUGAUCUCUCCAAAUUGCCCUUAGGUAUCAGUGUGUGUGUGUGUUUGGGGGGGUGGGGCGACCUGUCCAGGGUAUACCCUGUCUUUCACACCAGCUUCCUCACUACCCUGCCAGGAUAAGCAGGUAUGGAUAGAUGGAUGCAAACUGCAUAUAAAAAACGACAAUGGGAUUUAGUUGAUGUCCUUAGUUGAUUUAUAAUAAAUAAAAACUUCAGAAAUGAUGUAUUUUAAUGAUUCAGCAGUGUAUGUUUGUAACUCCUAUAAAUGUGACCAGUGUACAUUUUGACUGAUUUAUUUUAGUAUGAUUAUUUUUACUGUAUAGAUUAAUGUAAAACAGGCUGACAGUUUGAACGGUCCAGUAAACAGUUUUUAUUUUUUUUUUCUAUAGAUUGAAUAAACUUUUAUCCCAACGAAAUAAUAACAUAA